GAAGUGAUGCAAAGAAGUUUCUUUAAAGGCAGUGACAACUUCCUGUGAGAGGCAGUUCUUUGGAGUUGGAGUUGGAGUUGGAGGCUGGUAAAGGAUCUUCUUUGUGGACCUGAGACUCUGAAAUUUGGACACACCCUCCAAGCACCCACAGAGGUCUGAUGCCUCCUUCUCUCAAGAUUUAUUGGAUACAGAAGCUGAAUGGUCAUGGAUACCAGACUUGGGAUAAUGAUAUUUUCCAUUUUUCCACUUUGCAAUUGCUCUUAUACUAAGGAUACUCUGCCCAAGAUCACCAAUGAAGAUUUCAUCAAAGAAUGCGUGGACAUUCAUAACAAGUUGCGAUCCAGUGUGAGUCCCAAAGCCAGUAACAUGCUAAAGAUGUCCUGGGAUCCAGACUUGGCCAAGACUGCGAGAGCCUGGGCAAAAAGGUGUGAGUUUAAGCACAAUAUCUACCUGGACACGGCCAAAAUGGCGCACCCUACUUUCAAUCCAGUGGGAGAAAAUAUGUGGACUGGCUCACUCGGGCAAUUUACUCCAACUGUUGCCAUCCAGAUGUGGUAUGACGAAGUCAAAAACUAUGACUACCAGACUCAGAAAUGCACGGGGGUGUGUGGCCAUUAUACUCAGGUUGUCUGGGCAAAUAGUUACAAGAUCGGCUGUGCAGUUCAAUUUUGUCCCAAAGUUAAAGGGUUUGGCGCGCUUUCCAACGGGGCACAUUUUUUAUGCGACUAUGGACCAGCGGGAAAUUACCCAACAAGACCCUAUAAGAAAGGAAAUGCCUGUAGUGACUGCAGAGGGGAAAAAUGUGUGAAGAAGCUGUGUGAAAAUCCCAACCGUGACGAAGUUAAAGGUACUAAUUUCCAUCCAGUUUGGGAGAUAUUUGAACGCAAUCGAAAACUUUCUCUUACUCUUACUUUGGGGCCACUUUUUAUUAUUCUGUUUGCUAUAGUAGUCUCUUUGAUAAAGCAUUAUUACCCAAGGCAAGUUACUUCUGAAGAACUUAAAUCCAAAAGGAAUAAUACAGGAUAAUGUCUGAACCAUCAAAUAUUGAUAAUUCAGAAAAGGAAAAUACAUCUCUGAAUAAUUUCAAAAAUCUAAAAA